UACAGCGAACAACAACUCGUCGGAUAAUGAUCAGUCUUGUUUAAUGUGUGAUAUCCACAAAAUACACAGACCAACAUCACUAUUUCUGAAACACCUAUUGUCAAUUGAAAUCUCAUGGCGUCAUCAUCUUUUGUCAGAGACCUGUUAACAAACUGGGGGCUCAGUGAAUAUAUUAAGAAUUUUGAAGAUCACAAAAUUGAUGAAGUAAAUUUGCAAUUACUUAAGGAGAAAGACAUCUGUAAAUUGAUCCCAGAAAUUGGACCAAGGGCUAAAUUUAUAGAACAGCUUAAAAAAUACAAAAGGCAGAAAUCCCGCAAUGAAAGUAAGAACAUUCAAGAGGCCACAUCGUCAUCAGCCUCCUUUAUUACGGCCGGCAAGACUUCCUCAGGAAAUUGUCAGCACUCAACCACUAUGGGACAACCUUCUCCAGAGAAAAGGAAAUCUGAUGGUGACGAUGCAAACAAACAAACAAAGAAGCAAAAACGAAGUGCUGCAUCCAGAAAAACAGAAAUACUUGAGAAAAGGAAAUCUGAUGGUGACGAUGCAAACAAACAAACAAAGAAGCAAAAACGAAGUGCUGCAUCCAGAAAAACAGAAAUACUUGAUUGUAAAAAAAAAACAGAGGUCAAGAAGAUCAUGGAAAGUCUCAGUAGCAAACUGGAGAAAUUGACUUCUACAAAACUCACAGACUUCCUAAGAGAUAAAUUUAAAACAUUGGAAAAAGAUAAAAAAAAGAUUGUUGGUGUUUUUGGGAAGACAGGAGCUGGUAAGAGCUCCUUAAUAAACACCAUCUUGGGUGAGACAAAACUGCUACCUUCUGGAAGCCAAGGGGCGUGUACCUCAGUGAUGAUUCAGGUGGAGGCCAAUAUGACUAAUGACAAAUACAUUGCAGAGAUCGAGUUCAUUACAGUGCAGGAAUGGGAAGAUGAGCUGUCAUCCAUCGUCAUGGCCAGAACUUGUGAGUUGGGAGAUGAUGAAGACAUGGAUGACAGCAAUGAUGAUGAAGACAUCAUAACAGCUUUCUAUGGAAAUGUUGGUAGAGAGAAAAACUUAGAAGAACUGAUGGAUAAGAGGUGCUUCAGCAAUAUUCCAGAGUUUCGUUCAGCUUUGAAAAAAAAAUUUCAUUGUGAUACAGCUGAAGAACUGUCAGAAAACAUCCGUUGUUUUACACGGAGUGACACACAGAAUGAUGCAUUUGAACCACAGUAUUGGCCCCUUGUGAAGUGUAUAACCGUCAAGGUGCCAAACUCUAAUGAUUUACUGGAGCAUGUUGUGCUGGUGGAUCUUCCAGGCAAUGGAGACUGCAACAAGAGCAGAGAUGAGAUGUGGAAAAAGUUUGUAGGUGACUGCUCUGCUGUGUGGAUUGUGAGCGAAAUUUCACGAGCAACUUCAGAAAAGGAAUGUUGGGAGAUUCUUGACAGCACUGUUAGCCUCUUUGGAAAUGGUGGUGAAUGUCAAAGCAUCAGUUUCAUCUGCACCAAGACAGAUGUCAUUGAGAUGAAUCAAAAGGAUGCACACACCAAUAUUUUGACCAGAAAUAAAACAACCAAGAAGAUAGUGAGAGACAAAUUCCAAAAACGAAAAGAAGUAAAGAAACACUUCAGUGGGGUAAAGGACUUCUUCAAAGUGUUUACUGUAAGUUCCAAGGAGUACAGAAAGAGAAAGCAUUUGGAAAAAGAAGAAACAGAAAUACCUCACCUUCAGGAAUUUCUCAGAAAUCUCAAUGAUCAUCACACAAGAACUUCUGAUUAUAUUUCUGGAGCAUAUGGGAUACUGUCCUUGAUCCAAGGAGCAAAAAAAAGCAACAUGACAGACAACAAAGACUUGUGCGAGAGUUUGGAGAAGAAGCUGAACGACAACCUUAAAUCCAUUGGUGAUUCUAUAGAAGAAUCUUGGAAGGUUUUUGACCGCUGCCUCUCACAAGGAGUUCAACAGUCAGAAGAUUCAUGCGAGAAAUUAAUUAAUAAUGUGAUUUCACCUAGGGGGAAAAAACAUGGUGGAUAUCAUAAAGUAGUAAAGUCCCUAUGCAAGCAUAAUGGCAUUUACAAACCAAGGAAGAACAGAGGAAAGGAAAUCAACCUAAAUGAGAGAUUAGCCUCAUGUAUGCGGAGUUCCAUUGAUGAAGAGUUUAAAUACUUUUUUCCAAAUGACAAAUGGGGCCCAAUAAGGAAGCAGAUUGAGAACUUCACCCUUGUAGCAACCAGCUUGAUUAGGGACCACCCGAGAUGGUCACUGCAUCUGAGAUUCCUCAAGAUGGAGGAGAGUGAGUUGAAGGCAGGAUUAAACUAUGAACUUCGCAAGAAAAAGAAAGAAAUCUACUCCACUCUAACCAAGUCAAUCAUGCAAUCUAUGCAUUCAUGCUACAAAAGGGCAUCACUGCAUACAGGAAAAGAUUCUCUGAAAAAGAUGAAAGAUGAAAUACAUCAGCACGUGAAUGUAGAUAUUUUCAGGAAGGCCAAGGAAGAUAUGCUGGUCUGUUUAACCGAACUGAAGAACAUCAUUGUGAUGCAGCUGCAGUCUAAACUAGAAAGAUCUAUUGAGAUCUCACUCAAGACACCUGACAGCUUAAUCCUCCCAGAGGAUGUCACUGAGGAUUAUAACAAGAUUAAGAAGUUGAUGGAUUGCUCUAGUACAGUGACAUUCACUUCUAUAUUGGAUACGCAGCCAACAACUCAGUCCAUGUCGGGGAAUGGAAAGAAGCAUGUGCAGAUCACAGCACCCAUUGAUCCUGACCCCCUGAAUUUGCAACCUAAGCCCUUCAACCGCAAGAGUAAUGAUCUGAGAGGGUCAGAGAGUCUAGUUCCAACAGAUGCUGGGACUGAAGUGAACCAGCUCUCUGAUGUAGCAUUUGUGAAAAAGAACAGAAAUUAUCUUAUUCAGAGGGUGAAAAUGGGGGAUGCCAUAGCAGAUGAUCUGCUUCGGCAUGAUAUGAUCCAGGACGAAAUGUAUGAAAAAAUCUCUAAGGGUUCUACCACUCAGGAAAAAAUGAGAAUUUUGAUUGGAGCAGUACAAGCAGGAGGAAGAAUGUCUACAUCUGCCUUCUGCGUAGCUCUCAGAAAGCAUGAACUUCGUCUUGUUGAGGACCUGGGUAAGAUCAAACUCCUCUGUAGCUCACUUGGUAGACUAGAGAAUAGUGACUGCAAUGUGAGGAUUGUGGGUUUGAGUUUUGGGACCACCAAAAUGCAAAUAUAUCCUGUAUGUUACUUUGGAAAAGAGCACCUUCUAAAUGGAAUACAUUGUAUAGUCUGCUUGCAACAUAGAGACGGAUGACAAAUUAAAGGAAAAAUCAACAUAGUGUCUGAGUAAGAUGUUCAGCCACGAGCUUCCAGAACAGCUUCAAUGUGCCUCGGCAUUGGUUCUAAAAGUCUCAUGAACUCUACAAGAAGAAUGGAACACCAUCCUUCCCAAAGAUAUUGCAAUUAUUUCGUGUUUUGAUAAUGGUGUUAGAGAACGCUGUACACGUCAGUCCAAAAUUCACAAUGGAUGUUCAAUUUGGUUAAGACCUGGUGACUUUGAAGGUCAUACAGUAGCAUAUGUUUCAUAUUUUUUCAUACUCAUCAAACCAUUUACUGACUCCUCGUGCCCUGUGGAUCGAUGUCUGGUCCUGGCUAUAGGGAGGCCCCUAGCCCUCUAUAUGUUGGUCUAGGGGCGAUAGUCAGGACCUGGCAGACGGGAUGCCUCUAGGCAUCUCUGCGCGUUACUUUUGGUUGUCCCAAAUAAGAGGCACCUGCCCCGCAUGGCCUCAAAUUGGGGAUACUAUUUAAGUUGAGUUUGUCCACACCACGAUGUGGAUCAUUGUUUAUGCCUUUUGCGUUUACGUUGCAGGUUGCUACUGCUGCUUUUCAUUGGUUUUGCAAGUCUACAUUAAAGGAUUGUCUUACUACAACUCUGCGCCCGUGUCCUGCCAUCUCAACCAUGACAAUCAGGGACAAUCAACUAAAGUCACUUAGCUCUUGCCACCUACAUCCAAAAUCGAGGUCAAUUGAGCCAGCUUAGCAUUUUUAUAUGUGCCACAGAGUAUGAUCAGAUGUUAAUUGCAUCAUGCAAUUCACCUGUAUGGAAGCAUCAUGGAAGCAUCUUAAUUCAUUAUUUUCCACCACCCAUUUAUUUAGUUUUUUCAUUUAAUUUGUCAUCAGUCUGAAUUUCCCCACUUUUUUGUAUUAUCAUUAUAAUUUUAAGCGUUGUUCCAUAAACAGUUACUGCUUUCAUAGAGAUACAAUUUAAGGUUUUAGCUUUGAAUCCUGGGCCGUAAUAGGACUAAAGAAAUAUAAACUAAAAGGCAACCAGUUUAAAAUGGCUUUCUUAAUUGGACAGUAUUGGACAAUAUAGUGUGUAGCAAACCUGCUCACUUUUAACUAGUAGAAUUCUGGAUAAAAUGGACCUGAAAAUGAAUUAGGGAUUGUACUUUCAUUUAAUAUGGGCCUUUAAUGCAUUAUGAAAUACCAGUAGCCUUCUGUUAAAUUGCCAAACAUAUGGUUUAUAUUAAUAUAUUGUUUGGACUUAUUAUUGCUUUUUUAGACACCCAAUGUGCUUUUUCAUAGCAUGAACGGUAAACUCACCUGAUUCCCCACCAAUGUUUAAAAUAACUUGCAGAUUGAGAAAUCUUCAAGUGAUCCAUAACUAAAACAAAGAGAAUACAAUGUUAAAACACAUGAAUUUAAGUGACCAAUUAAACAAAAUGUUUUUCAAUAUGUUGAUAUUCCAUUCAAUUGAAACCUACACUACCAUUCAAAAAUUUGGGGUCACUUAUAAAUAUCCUUGUUUUCACAAGAAAAGCAAAUUGUUUUGUCCAACAAAAUAACAUCAUAUUGU